AAGGAAAUGAGCGGAGAAGAGUUUUUUCUUCACGUGGGAAUUGACAGGCAUUAUGCAUACAAUGUGCAUACGAGUUUUGACCCAGAGUACAUCACUGUCUCCUAAGAGAACAUGACUGAUGCUUUCAGUAGCAACAGUGAGGCAGUUCUUCAACGCUCUGUGAACGUGUCCACCAUCGCAACAGGUAGCCUAGGUGGAAAUUUGGUGGAGCUGUAUCAGAUAGUUGAGACUUGUCAUUUUGUCACUAGUCAUCAAUUCAAGAAGGUAGCCUUACAGUUUCCAGAUGAACUCUUGUCUGAUGCUGUCCCAGUCUCUGCAGAAAUAGAGAAAGAAACCAAAGCAAAGACAUUUGUUUUAGGAGAUACGUCAUAUGGCAGCUGUUGCGUGGAUGAAGUAGCCGCAGAACAUGUAGGAGCAGACUGUCUAGUGCACUAUGGGCCAUCUUGCCUCAGCCCAAGUAGACGACUGCCCCUUUUGUAUGUGUUUGGGAAGAGACCUAUUGAUAUCCAGCAGUGUGCUACAGCCUUUAAAGAGCUUUACCCUGACUGCCAAAGUCAUGUCAUCAUCUUGUAUGAUGUCACCUAUUCAUAUGCAAUGGGUGUUCUCUGGAAGCUCUUGUGUGAUAUGUAUGCCAAUAUUGUGGUCUCUAUUUUAAAAGCAGAUGGUGCUGAACUAAUCCAGGACAGCUUCUUGGGUAGUGAUAACUUGGACUUGCAUGAUGGAGUCAAUAUUAAAUUUGGUAGACAGUUUUGUGUAAAAGAGGGACAGAGCAUUGAUGAUUACAGUAUGUUCUACAUUGGCCAGGAAGGCCUGACUCUUACAAACUUCAUGAUGACUUGGAACCAUUGUGCCUUCAGCUCAUUUAAUCCAGAAACGUCCACAGGCCGAGUUGAAUCGAUUAAAAUCAACAAAGCACUAAUGAAACGCUAUUAUGUCAUUGAGCGGGCCAAGGAUGCCGGUGUGGUGGGCAUUUUGGUUGGCACAUUGGGUGUUGCCAACUACCUGACCAUCAUUGAGCAGCUGAAAGACAUUAUUCACAAAGCAGGCAAGAAGAGCUAUAUGUUCGCCAUGGGAAAGAUCAAUGUUCCCAAGUUGGCAAACUUCUUGGAAAUCGAUGUUUACGUGCUAGUUGCCUGCUCAGAGAGCUCACUGCUUGAUUCAAGUGAAUUUUACAGACCUGUGGUGACUCCAUUCGAGAUGGAUUUGGCUUGCAAUAAGCACCGGGAGUGGACUGGAGAGUAUGCCACAGAUUUCAGAGAUUUACUGCCUGGUGGAAGCAGCCAUGUGGACUUCCGAGAACCGAACCAGUCUACCAAUGAGGAGGAGACCACAGAUGUAUCACUUAUCACAGGAGCUCUGCGAACUUCUUGUUCCACCAAUUCGUCAAAGAUAAUAAAUGGCACAUUAGUGUUAUCUUCAAUUGUCCCCAAGAAUCAAAGUCUCACUGUUGCCAAUACUAACACUGCAGCAUCAUUUUUGGCCGGCCGUAAUUGGCAGGGACUGGAGCCCAAGCUGGGGCAGACGCCAGUGGUGAAAGCUGUGGAGGGACGGAGAGGCAUUGCAAUCGCUUAUGAGGAGGAGGGUGUGAGAAAUGGAGACUCUUCGACAACACCUCUCCAAAAAUCAUAACCUUCAAUUACUAUUGGACCAUGAGAAGACAUCGAAGGACUGCUUUCAUGCACUGUCAGUCAUGUACUGACAAAUCACAUCAAUGAUUGAAGAGUAUGCAUUACAUUUGCCAUAAUACUUGAGGACAUGUUUUAAGUCCCUUGACAAGGCUUGCUGUUCCUGGUUAAUAGCAAGUAAGGUAUGUUAAAUUUAAACCUCCUUUUGUCAUUUGGGUCAUUUUUGACCAGUAUUGAAAACCAUUAAAAAUGAAUAAAUUCUUGAUUACUAAUAGCACUAAAGACCCCCCCUUUACAAAAUUCUGUUUUGUUGUGGUCCCAAAGUGUAUAAUGAUUGGGGAAAAAAUGGCUACAUCCUGAAUAUUAAUGACAUUUUAAAGAAUUCAAAAAAAAAUUAAAAACUUGGCAAUGGAUGUCUCAGUUUGUUUAUU